GCCAGGCGGUGGCCGACCGGCCGGCCGGGAGGGAGGGAUGCCGGGACUGGGGAGCGGGGUCCCCCUGGGGGACGGGAAUCAUCCCUGAAGACCGGGGGAGGGGGCCAGGCAUCAGCAGCAUCCAGGCUCCCUCCUGCAUCCCUCCUGCAUCAGCACCACCAGCAGGAGCAGCAGCGCCGCCUCCCCCGCCUGCUGCAAAGGCAGGAUCCAAUUCUGUUCCUUCCUGAGGAGCCCCCCGGGCGCCCCUCCCCACUCCUCUUGGCAUGAUGAUGUGCGAAGUGAUGCCGACCAUCAACGAGGACAACCGUCGUGGCUCGGCCUACGGGUCCGACGACGCCAACUUCGAGCAGCUCAUGGUCAACAUGCUGAAUGAGCGCGAGCGGCUGCUGGAGACCUUGCGGGACACGCAGGAGAGCCUGGCCACCUCACAGCUCCGCCUGCGUGAACUGGGCCACGAGAAAGAGUCCCUGCAGCGCCAGCUCAACAUUGCUCUCCCCCAGGAAUUUGCAGCCCUCACUAAAGAGCUGAACUUGUGUCGGGAGCAACUGUCGGAGCGCGAGGAGGAGAUCUCGGAACUGAAGGCAGAACGUAACAACACACGGCUGCUGCUAGAACACCUGGAAUGCCUUGUAUCGCGACACGAACGCUCCCUCCGCAUGACGGUGGUGAAGCGCCAGGCCCAGUCACCGGCUGGGGUCUCCAGCGAGGUGGAGGUGCUGAAGGCCCUCAAGUCUCUCUUUGAACAUCACAAGGCCCUGGAUGAGAAGGUUCGGGAACGGCUGCGAGUGGCGUUAGAGCGGGUUGCCGUAUUGGAGGAGGAGCUGGAAAUGUCCAAUCAGGAGUCUCUUUCCCUUCGAGAACAACUUGCCCGACGACGAUCUGGCUUAGAUGAUCCCAGCAAAGAGGGAGAUGUCCAGAUUUGUGCCAACGGAUCAGGCUCCCUCGACUUGGGGCGUGGUGGUCGGGAAUCCGAGCUAGAAGAGGUCUUGGAGCGCCAGCGAGGGGAGUUGUCCCAGCUGAAGGAGCGGCUUACCAUGCUUUGCCGGCAGAUGGCAGAGCUCGAAGAAGAGCUGGCCACGGCCCAGCGGGACCUCAUCAAGUCUGAAGAGAUCAACGCCAAGCUGCAGCGGGACCUCAAGGAGGCGCUAGCCCAGCGGGAGGACAUGGAGGAGCGGAUCACCACUCUGGAGAAACGCUACCUGAGUGCUCAGAGGGAGGCAACUUCUCUUCAUGACGUCAAUGACAAGCUGGAGAAUGAGCUGGCCAGCAAGGAAUCCCUGUACAGACAAAGUGAAGAGAAGAACAGGCAGCUACAAGACUGGCUGGAAGACGCCAAGCAGAAACUUCAGCAGACCCUUCAGAAGGCCGAGACCUUACCCGAGAUAGAGGCCCAGCUGGCCCAGCGGGUGGCUGCCCUCAACAAGGCAGAGGAGCGCCAUGGGAAUUUCGAGGAGCGCUUGCGUCAGCUGGAGGCCCAGCUGGAAGAGAAAAACCAGGAGCUCCAACGGGCACGCCAAAGAGAGAAGAUGAACGAUGAACACAACAAGCGCCUCUCGGAAACGGUUGACAAGCUGCUCUCGGAAUCCAACGAGCGUCUCCAGUUGCACCUCAAGGAACGGAUGGGGGCCCUGGAGGAGAAGAACACCUUGAGUGAGGAAAUUGCCAACAUGAAGAAGGUUCAGGAUGAGCUACUGGCAAGCAAGGAGCAGCUGCUGGCUGAGAUUGAGAGGAUGCAAAUGGAGAUAGACCAGUUACGCGGACGCCCAGUCUCCACCUACUCCCGGUCUCUACCGGGCAGCGCGCUGGAGCUGCGUUACUCCCAGGCACCCACGCUGCCCGUGGGGGCCCACGUGGACCAUUACAGCAGUGCUGGCGUGGCAAGACGUUCAAAGAAAGGUCGCUGGACCGUCAAGGAUGAAGCCACCAAGGUGGUGUCCUCACAGGAGUGGGAGCGAGCCCAGCAGGCAGCUGGGGGUCCUUUUGACGGUGGGUUGGACGGCUCAGAUGAAGAUGAGCACGACCCCCUGUUCAGCUCAGCUGACCUGCUGUCCCCCAGUGGGCAGGCUGAUGUGCAAACCUUAGCCAUUAUGCUACAAGAGCAGCUGGAAGCCAUCAACAAAGAGAUCAAACUUAUCCAGGAGGAAAAGGAAUCCACAGAACAGCGGGCAGAGGAAAUUGAGAGCCGGGUAACCAGCGCCAGCUUGGAUGGAUCCCUGGGCCGCUACCGCUCAGGCACUUCCAUUCCUCCCUCUGUCACCAGCUCCACUCUGGCCAGCCCGUCUCCCCCCAGCAGCGGCCAUUCUACUCCUCGCCUGGCACCCCACAGCCCUGCUCGUGAUGGAGAAAAAAUGCAGAACCACAUUGCCAAGGAAGAGGGGCGAGGGUCCGAGGAGAAGGCCCUGGCACUGUGCGAGCCCCCAGCUCCCUCCACCCCCCGCACGAUGCGUCUAGAGCGCAUGACCCAAGCCUUAGCCCUGCAGGCUGGAACGCUGGAAGACGGAAGGGACUUGAGGUCCAGCAUGGGGACAGAUGGCACCAACAGCAGCCAGGACUCCCUACACAAAUCCACCAAGAAGAAGAGCAUCAAGUCCUCCAUCGGGCGACUCUUUGGCAAGAAGGAGAAAGGGAGGAUGGGGCAGUUGGGCCGUGAGUCCCCCUCGCUUGCUGGGACACCCUCAGAUGAGAUGUCGCCUGCAGACCCCCUGGGCCUUUCCAAGCUGUCGGGACCUGUGGACAAGGACCGUAGGAACAAAAAGAAGCAUGAGCUGCUAGAGGAAGCUUGCCGCCAAGGCUUGCCUUUCGCUGCGUGGGACGGGCCCACUGUGGUCUCGUGGUUGGAGCUGUGGGUUGGCAUGCCGGCCUGGUACGUGGCUGCCUGCCGUGCCAACGUCAAGAGCGGUGCCAUCAUGGCCAACUUGUCGGACACCGAAAUCCAGCGGGAAAUUGGCAUCAGCAAUCCCUUGCACCGGCUCAAGCUGCGCCUCGCCAUCCAGGAGAUGGUGUCGCUGACCAGCCCCUCUGCCCCCGCUACAUCACGUACAUCUACUGGAAAUGUGUGGAUGACACAUGAAGAGAUGGAGUCUCUCACGGCCACCACAAAGCCAGAGACAAAGGAAAUCAGCUGGGAGCAGAUCCUGGCAUACGGCGACAUGAACCACGAGUGGGUGGGGAAUGACUGGCUGCCCAGCUUGGGCUUGCCCCAGUACCGCAGCUAUUUCAUGGAGUCAUUAGUUGAUGCCCGGAUGCUGGACCACCUCAACAAAAAAGAACUGCGGGGUCAGCUCAAAAUGGUCGACAGCUUCCCCAGGGUGAGCCUCCAUUAUGGGAUUAUGUGCCUGAAGCGUCUCAACUAUGACCGGAAGGAACUAGAAAGAAGACGGGAAGAGAGUCAAAACCAAAUUAAAGAUGUGAUGGUCUGGUCCAACGAGCGUGUGAUGUGCUGGGUGCAAAUGAUUGGGUUGAAAGAGUUCGCCAACAACCUGGUGGAGAGUGGGGUGCACGGAGCCCUUCUUGCCCUGGAUGACACCUUCGAUUGCAAUGAUUUGGCCCUGCUGCUGCAGAUCCCUACCCAGAACACGCAGGCUCGGCAGAUCUUGGAAAAAGAAUUUGGGAACCUCAUCACCAUGGGAACAGACCGGCGGCUGGAUGAGGACAGUGCCAAGACCUUCAGUCGUUCCCCAUCUUGGCGGAAGAUGUUCCGGGAGAAGGACCUCCGCGGCGUCAGCCCUGACUCGGCCGAGAUGCUGCCAGCCAAUUUCCGCACAGCCUCCGUGGCCUCCAUUACCUCACCCGGGGUGCAGCUUCGUAAGAUGCAGCCAGAGGGGAACUCAUUAGGUAGCCAACGGGCAGACAGUAUGUCAGUGCGAACAUACUCCUGUUAAUGCCAAGACGACGGAGACGCUGUCCUGGGUGUGUCUGGCCACCCUGCCUUGGACAGGAGGACUCCUCGCUGCUGCUGCCCCUCCUUCCUCAUCAUGUGCUCCAAUCCGGACUGUGAGGAGCUGCCGCUGCUGCCGCCACCACUGCUCCUGCCACUGCUGCUGUUGUAAAGAAGGAGUACGGGAGCAUAUGGGGAUGCUGGAGAGAGAGAGAGAGCUCCUCCCC